AGCUGAUUUGUGCGUCUUUCAGCGGUUUUUGUUGAAUACAUUUUGGGACAAAGUUUUAAGAUUACAUUUGCUGCAAUGGCAGCCUCCAUGGAUGAGGAUAUAUCCGCCAAUCCCCUGCCCAGCAAUGAGGAGGAUCCCCUGGCAGAGGAGCGCCUGGGUUUUGUGCGCGAAGUGGGCGCCCAGGCAGUUUGGAGUCUGUCCUCUUGCAAGCCGGGAUUUGGCGUAGAGCGUCUGCGGGACAAUAUCAUGGACACUUAUUGGCAGUCAGAUGGACAGCUACCUCACCUGGUAAACAUCCAGUUCCACAAGCGAACGAAUAUCAGCCAGAUCUACAUAUACACGGAUUACAAGCUGGACGAGAGUUACACACCAUCGAGGAUCUCCAUACGAUCUGGAACCAACUUUAACGACUUGCAGGAGCUUCAGGUGAUGGACCUCACCGAACCCACUGGCUGGGUGCAGAUACCCAUCAAGGAUGGGAAUGUCAAGUCGAUUCGCACCUUCAUGCUGCAGAUCGCUGUGAUCUCCAACCACCAGAACGGCAGGGACACCCACAUGCGCCAAAUCCGCAUUCAUGCUCCUGUCGAGGGAAAGCACUAUCCCUUGGAGCUCUUUGGAAAGUUCGGAACGGUCGAUUUCCAAAAGUUCGCCACCAUCCGAUGAGGAAUACUCGUGGCUUAUUCGAAGUCUUUUAUUUUUAUGUAUUUUUCGGGGUAUAUAACUGCUAGAAUACAACAUUUAAAACAUUACUUUAGUAAUUGUAUGCAUAUUUUUGGUGUUUCUAAUUAAAUGCCCGUCACUUGUAUAUAUAAAUCGCUCGCAAAUAAAUAUAUACCGUCGUCUAAGCUUAAGUACA